AAAGCUGUUGAAGAAAACUCGGUGAUGGCCAAUGCAACCACUCCUGUCCGAGCAGGGGCUGUAAAUGUGCCUUUUGGUCAUGUGAUUGGCCAUGAGAAGUGGAAAGGAUCGCAGAUUGCUCAGGGAGUACAAGGGAAAGUGAAGCUAAUUUUAGAGGAUGGCUUAGGAAUUGUGGACUUCCAUCUUUCAAACAGAACUUGUGUUCUUUAUAUUUCUGAAGCUGACCUGGUAGCAGGAAAUGGCUUCAAACGACGACUAGUUCGCUUUAGAAAUGCCAGCAGUCUUCAAGGAAUUGUAAUAGUUGAGAAAACUCAGAUAAGUGAUCAGUAUUUCCCGGCAGUGCAGAAAUUUGUUGUUUUGGAACUUGGAAUGGCAUUACUUCCAGUGGCCAACCAGGGAGAAGCAGCACAGCUUAUUAUCCAGCUAGUGCAGGAGCAAGCCAAAGACCGAGCCAGCAACCCAUUCCUUAAUAAGAAGGGGCCGCAGCUCUUGGAGGCUUCUGUGUUCCAGACAGUUCAGCAGAUUCCAGGAGUCGGGAAAACGAAAGCGUUACUGCUUCUGGAACAGUUUGGAAACAUCCAUCAGCUUUGUAACUCAUCCCUUCAAGAGCUUGAGCAGGUAGCUGGGCGCGCAGUAGCGCAACAAAUCCAUACGUUCUUUAGGCAAACUAAGUAAGGUCAUCUUGUUGGCAUGAAACACGA